AGGCGGGCUUUAGUUUCCCUCCACCAAUGACAGACAAGCUCCUGGGGGUUAAAGUUGAACCGUUAAAUCCAAUAUGGCGGCUAACAAACGAGUGCUGUAUGUCGGUGGUCUGGCAGAGGAGGUGGACGAGAAGGUGCUACACGCUGCGUUUAUCCCAUUCGGAGACAUCACCGACAUCCAGAUCCCGCUGGACUAUGAGACCGAGAAACACAGAGGAUUCGCUUUCAUCGAGUUCGAACUGGCGGAGGAUGCUGCAGCUGCUAUUGAUAACAUGAAUGAGUCUGAGCUUUUUGGACGAACUGUUCGGGUCAACACUGCCAAGCCCAUGAGAAUCAAAGAAGGUUCUUCUCGACCAGUGUGGUCUGACGACGACUGGCUGAAGAAGUUCUCUGGGAAGACUGCUGAAGAGGCUGAUGGGGAGGCCGCCGGUGGAGAAACGACCAACACGGCCACACAGGAGGACGAGCCCCCAGCUAAAAAGGGCAGAGUUAACCCUCAAGUCUACAUGGACAUCAAGAUUGGCAACAAGCCGGCAGGGAGACUACGCUUCCUCCUGCGGGCUGACAUCGUUCCCAUGACAGCAGAGAACUUCCGCUGCUUGUGCACACACGAGAAAGGCUUUGGCUUCAAGGGCAGCUGCUUCCACCGCAUCAUCCCUCAGUUCAUGUGCCAAGGAGGCGACUUCACCAACCACAACGGCACUGGCGGCAAGUCCAUCUACGGCCAGAAGUUUGACGACGAAAACUUUGUCCUCAAACACACCGCUCCAGGGCAACUCUCCAUGGCCAACUCCGGAUCAAACUCGAAUGGCUCUCAGUUCUUCAUCACCACUGAUAAAACCGACUGGCUGGACGGGAAACACGUGGUGUUUGGAGACCUGGUGGAGGGGAUGGAUGUGGUCCGUGCAAUGGAGGCUCAGGGGACAAAAGAUGGGAAGCCGAAGCAGAAAGUCAUCAUCUCGGACUGCGGAGAAUACGUGUGAACGCAAAGCAAGUGUGUGCUUGUUCUUUUUGUCUGUGUGUAUGUGUGGAGGCAGUGUAUGUCUGAGAGCACGAGUGUGUUCAUGGUCUUCGAAGCCACAUCUUUUGUCAUGUAAAUAUUUCAAUAAACGCCCUUUUUCUAAA